CAGCGCAGCGUCGGUUUCAGGUCCCAGCAGCUCCAGUGUGGGAAAAAAAAAAAAAAAAAAAAAAAACUAAACCGAGAGAGGAGACGAAUAACGGGACACUCCAGCGUUUAUGGAGCCGAUUCACGCGUUUUACCGCCACGCACCCGCGUCUCCCCUUGUGAUGAAGACGUGAAUUGAGGCAGACGGAGGCGGUGAGCGCGUUUUGGGGCUGAAGAGAGCGAGCGGUCCUCCAUUGUCUGCGUAGAAAUAAGAAUGGCCUGGAUGUGGAAGAGGAAGUCGUUGAUCGCCACCAGUCUGAUCGUGGCAGUGUCGCUGUUCGUGGUGGUGGUGAACUACUCGGAGAAGCCCUACUUCCUCCUGCAGCCUGUGUUUGGGGAGACGUUCAGCAGCCACUGGAUAUUCUCCAAGCAUCCGUACAAGGCCUUCAAGCCUCACCUGGGUUACGUCAGCAUCCCCAAGCAGGAGCCCCUGAAGCUGAACUGCGAGCUGUGCAGCAUCGUGUCCAGCUCCGGCCAGAUGCUGGGGCAGGGCGCGGGCCCGCAGAUCGACCGCUCCCCCUGCAUCUGGCGCAUGAACAACGCGCCCACGCGAGGGUUCGAGCACGACGUGGGCCGCCGCACCACCCUGAGGGUCGUCUCCCACACCAGCGUCCCCCUGCUGCUGCAGAAGCCCCAGUACUUCUUCGGCCAGGGCAACGACACCGUCUACGUGGUGUGGGGGCCGCUGAGGAACAUGAGGAAGGACGGGAAGGGCAUCGUGUACAACAUGCUGCGGCAGGCGUCAGAGAACUACCCCCACGCUCGCAUCUACGUCACCACCGAGGACAGGAUGAACUACUGCGACAUGGUCUUCAAGAAGGAGACGGGGAAAGACAGGAUACAGUCCGGCUCGUACCUCAGCACCGGUUGGUUCACCCUCAUCCUCGCCAUGGACAUGUGCAAAGAGAUCCACAUCUACGGCAUGAUAAAUGACACCUACUGCAAGACGGAGGGUCUCAGAAAGGUCCCCUACCACUACUACGAGGCGGGCAGCCGGGACGAGUGUGCCGAGUACCUCCUCCACGAGAGCGCCCCCUACGGCGGACACCGCUUCAUCACGGAGAAGUCCGUUUUCUCCAAGUGGGCCAAGUCUCACGCCAUCAAGUUCUUCAACCCGCUGUGGCAGCUGUCGUGACCCUGGCUGACGCAGCAAAGGGAAUAUUAUCCUCACUGUCACUGUCACAAACAACCAGAGACCCGACGAACCUCCACGCUGACACUAACGAACACGAGCAUCCAUUCUGGCACAAAUGUCCCUCCAUAUCUAUUACUAAACGUUUGUCAAGUCCUGGUUGGCCUCAGGUGGAGCCUUCAGAAUCAGACCACUGAAUCAAGCAAAUUCCCAUUAAUGUUUGACCAACCGCGGCCCAUCUGCUGCUUCUUGAAUAUGAAGCCCUCUUCUCCUGGAUCUCAGAGCUUAAGAAUGUGCACGGCUCGCUGCUCUGCACCGACUAAUCGAUCCUUUUUGCUGCUCUGUGAGUCCAGCAAAGAGAAGCCGGAGAAGAAACGAGCGUCCGUCGUCUCGCAGUGACCUCAGUGGCUCAGUACAUCACAGAGGCUGAAUUUACAUUUUCUUUCCGGACCGUAGCAGGGGAGAGUCACGUCGGACACCUGACGAGCUCGUCUGCUCCGUUUCCUCUGCCUGUCUGUCGCCUGUCAGGCUGUAAUUAAUCUCUAACGAGUAUCAUUCAGGCCUUCAUCUCUGACUGAGGGAGUAUCAUAGGCAGAUGCUCUGUCGGUUUCAAUUUACUCAGCUCCGUUCAAAGAGGUCAUUUGAAAAAGAAAACACAAGCGCGCAAAAAAACAAAAAAAAAACGAGUAAACCAGCAGUCUACGCGCUAAUCAGCUUCAUUGCUUCGUCGCCGUGUGUUGACUCACACAACCUAAAGAUGUCAGCUGUUCCUCUCCAUGUAUAAUGCUGUGAAAUUGAGUUUUGAGGGACACGUUGUGGCGUUGGCUUGAUGUGCGGAUGCUUUGUUAAUUCAGUCUGCAGAAAUAACUCUUUUGAUCAAUGUGCCAUUGACGAUGUGAGCAUCAUAACACAUAGAGCGGUGUGCAAUUAAAAACUCCAUCUUUGCGGAGGGAGUCAAGUCGUUUGUGACCCUGCGGAGGGACAGAUUUAUGUGUGCGGUGAAACCAUUUGAAGUUAAUUGUAUUCUAUUAUCAUUCUGUGCCUGCAAUACUCUGCAAUUUGUUGUAUAGACGCGGAGGAAGGUGCUUUCACUUCCUCUAUGGUAUUCUCAUCAAGCUUUGUGCCUCUUUCUGUAAAGUAUCACUGUGUGAACGCUUCGUACCAUUUGUCUCUGGGUGCGGUGCUCGUGUCUCCUGGCUCGGGCCGUUAUGUUUGAAUGCAUCUGUUCUGUUCUGGUCGGGUCGGUGGGUCGGGGAGGAAUAAUUAGUGAGGUGUGUAGGUUGGCCGGUUGCUGUUUGAGGGCUGAGAUGUUGUAUCUGUGACCGCGACUCCCCAAGCCCCACCCCCGAAGCUGUGAUUAGUGUCCUGCUCAGAGCCACGGGCCAGGGGGAAGGACUGGAAGGACUCAAAGACGUCUUCUAAUUCAUGCGACUUGAUGCGCGGGGUCUCUGAAGAUCUGUAAUAUACUGCAGUCUGCUGCAGAGCGCUGUCCGCUGGCCGAGGAGCUACGGUUUCUCUGUCAACACUGAUACGGUGAUUUGUAGGUCAGGAGUUAUUGGUUGAAACUGGGCUGAAAUAAAAGCAUCAAAAAUGUCAAAGAAAUAUCUGGAAACCAGGCUAAACUCAGAUCACACAGGUCCUACCUACAUUAUGCUUAACAUUAUGACCACUGACAGGUAUAGAGAAUAACAGAAUAACAUUGUGUGACAAUACAGUGUUCUGCUGGGAAACUCUUAGACCUGGCAUUUAUGUGGAUGUUACCACCCACCUAGACCAGACCAGACA